AUGGAGGAGCAGGGUCGCAGUCACAUGCUGGCCGCCGACCGCCCGCCGCUGACGCAACCUGCACCGCCGAGAGCGGAUUCGGGGCCGCAUGAGGCCGCAAUGCAGCAAACAACGGGCACCACAACUUCAGCGGGAUUGCCCACAGAUGCAUCAAGAUUAAACACAGGCCCGCUUUCCGUCAGCCAUGAUACCGACGAGGCCAAGCCGGCGAACGGCUACUCGGCCCAGAGAAAUGCCCCGGUGUCGCUCCAACUCCCGCCUCUCGCACUCGAAUUACCUCCCAUCCAGCCCUCUCAAGAGCUAUCCGCGGGCCCUUCAGCCCACACCUUACCGCCGCUCUCGUCUGUCACGGGCACCCACGGCCAUGCGCCGCUCCCGAAACCACCGGAACCGUCCCAUCCCGCCCCCCAACCAACCCACUGGCCCAGCCUCAACCCCUUCACAACAUAUUACAAACCCAGCUACCUCGACCCGGUGGAGUCACCGCCGAGCAUGUCGUCGGACCUGGGCCCGAGCCGCAGCGUGAGCCUGGAUGACCCCGACGUCAGGAUUGCCGCCGAGGCACUGGGCCAAAUGAGAACAGAGUGUCCCUCGUCACCCCGCAGAACGUCCCGAGACCACAAGACCUCGAGUCCGUCGCCGCAUAGGCGUAACGGUAGCAGGGGCGUCGAGCCAUUACUGUCGCUCAUCACGACGUCAUAUCCGCUACUAGGCACCACGAUCGAAGGCGCUGCUUCUGCCUACAAUACCGGCAAGAAUUACUCGCCCCACAUUAAGUCUGGCGCCGAGUACGUCGAAAGUCUGGUCAAGCCGGCGGUGGAAACGGUGGGUCGGAAGACAGGCGUGGAGGGUGGGAUGAGGUGGCUCUUUUCGAUGCGGGGCCGGAAACAGCGCUCGACCACGGAUAUCGAGACGGACGAGCGCGGGAACAGCAAGCGGCGCCGGUCGGACAGGCACGACAAGGGCAAGAAAACUGCGCACGCCUCCCCGCACGACUCGGGUGCCGAUGGCGAGGACCGCCGUAUGUCGGUCAGCACCGUCGACACGCUCCCCGCCUAUGACGACCAGAAAUCGCCCGCAUACACCGAAGCGGCCGAGGACCAGACGACGCCGCCGCCCCCGGGUUCUUCCCAACAAUGGGGCCAGCGGUUCGUUGUCACCACCUCUGGACUGGGCGUCGCCAUGAAGCAGGAGAGUAUGAAAAGCCUAAAGUACUGCCUGGGAGUAGUCAAAGACACCAACGGGUACCUCCAAGACAUUCUUGUCAAGCUCCGAGGCGUCAUCGACGAGUACGACCGCACAUCCCAAGCCGACGGCGGCGGCGACGGCGAACAGAACAACAACCCAACCGCCAACCACCGCCCCGCCCCCACCCCCGCCACAGCCGAAGACCGCAGCCGCCUCCUCCAGCGCAUGAACGAGCUGCGCGACGAGCUCUUCCGCGUGAUCCACCGCUCCGUGCAAACCGUCUCCAAAUACACCGGCGGCGCCCUCCCCGAAAACGCGCGCAACCUCGUCCACAGCCAACUCAUGAGCCUCCCCGGCCGCUACCAAUUCCACUACAUGCGCGAGACAGAAGGGCGGCGCGGCGGCGGCGAGGAGACCGCUGACGCCGGCCCCGGCGCGCGCACCCGCGACAGCGCACACCUCGCGCUGCUGUUUGCCAAGGAGGCGCUGGAGAUGAUGGCGCAGGUCGGGGAGGUGCUGACGAGGACGGUGGUUAGUGCCGAGCAGUGGUGUGAGACGCUGUAUAAGGAGAAGAGUGAGCAGGCGCCGGCGAUGCAGGGCGGCGAGGAUGGGCUACCGUUGACGUCGGGGGCGGCGGCGGCGGCGGCGGGGGUGAGGGUUGUUCCUGCUCCUGUUGCUGCUGCUGCUGCUGCUGUUGCUGUGGAUCGAGACGUGGAUAUGUCUGGUUAG